AUGUUUUGGGUUUGCUUUUUGAUCGCAACCCUUGGGCUUGCAUGCCAAGCGGCCCCAGUGACUGAACGUCAAGCCGAUGGAAGCUCAUUUGGCCUAUAUGCCUAUGGCGAGAAUAUCACUGGGCUACCUGUAUUCUAUGCAGAUGUCACUGCCAACGCCACUGAUUCGUAUACAUGGAUUGCCCAUGUCAACAACACGCUACCGACAAUCACCACCAGGACCCUCGACACCAAUGCGCAGAAUUUUGGACCUGUCGCAAACAGUUCGACUACUUUGCUACUAUGUCUUGGUCAAACAAAUUCAACUUCACCAACCAAUCCGGUGACUUUCGUGAACUCAGAUGAAUCUGCAGGAAAGAUAGUCGACACCUUCACUACAUACGCUUACAAUGUCUUGCUCAAACAGGCUGAUACAGGUUUCUUCGGCAAGUCAAAUGGGGAUGGUACUUACAGUUUGCUGUGGAGUACAGUCAGGGAUAAUGGAUAUAUUCCGUUAAUCAUCAAAACAGUUGGUGUGUGGAAACAACCCGUGCUGAUGAACAUUGGAGUGUAA